AAAAAGUACGGAGUAUAACCGGAAGCCCUCUUUGUUUUGCUAGCUACCCACUCCAUCAUCACAGAGAAAGGCAAGAACGCAAGAGCUCCAGAUUAAGAUCCGUCUUUCACUCCAUUGAAGUUCAGGAAUGGUGGUGGAAUGUGUGUCGACUAUGGCUGAACAGAGGUCAAACGAUUCAAUGCUGGAAAUGGUCAAUCUCCUGCUCGAGGCGGCAAGGUAUGCUGACAUUGAAGAUAUAAAGAGCUUAGUAUCAUCUGGUGUAUCUCUUGAUUCAAAGGAUUCACAGGGCCGAACUGCACUUCAUAUGGCUUCAGCCAAUGGGCAUCUUGAUGUUGUAAAGUAUCUCAUUGGUAAUAAAGUGGAUGUCAAUGCAUAUAACGAGGAGAAGAACACACCUCUUCAUUGGGCUUGCCUUAAUGGUCACAUUGAGGUAGUCAAGAGCUUGAUCCUUGCUGGAGCGAGUGUGUCAGCGCUGAACAUCCAUGAGAAGACUCCAUUGGACGAGGCGUUGAUCGCAAGGAAAUUGGAAAUUGUCGAUGCAAUCAACCAAGCAGUGAUAGAGUUUGAACUUCAACGUGCAAAUGUCUCUUAGCUUGACAUUGCUGUAUCAAUCUUAGUUUUACUGUAUGAGUGUGCAAGUGUCUCUUAGCUUGACAUUGCUGUAUCAAUCUUAGUUUUACUGUAUGAGUAAGCAUUAUAGUAUAGGUUCUCUAAAAGAAUGGUCUGUGUGGUUUUGUCUUGGAA